GAUUAUUGCCAAGGGAAACAAAGUGUCUCUGCUUGGUAGAGAUUGGUUGAGUGAGAUCAAGUUAGAGUGGUCUGAAAUCUUCACUAUUAGUUCCAACCAAAAUCGCACUGUCGAGAAGUUAGUUGAGCAAUAUCACAAGGUAUUUGAAGGACAGCGUACCAUCAAAAGGUUUAAGGCAGAAAUCCAGGUCAAAGACGGCACCAAACCGGUUUUUCACAAACCUAGGCCAGUGCCUUAUGCAUUGCGCGAUUCUGUAGAGGAGUUAGUUCGACUUGAAAAAUCCGGUGAUGUGGAAAAAGUGGAUCGAAGUGAUUGGGCUUCACCAAUCGUGGUUGUGCCCAAGGCAGACAAAAGUGUCCGUAUAUGUGGAGACUACAAGGUCUCAGUCAAUCUCCACAUUGUGGAUGAACCGUAUCCACUGCCCACUGCUGAGGAUAUUUUCGCUAAGUUAGCUGGGAAGAAGAGGUUCACUGUCUUGGACUUGAGUCAUGCAUAUUCACAACUCGAGGUUGAGGAAAACUCGCGCAGUUUUCUGACUGUGAACACUCAUAGAGGUUUAUACCGCCACUGUAAACUUCCAUAUGGGAUCAAAACAGCGCCGCACAUAUUUCAGAAAGUGAUUGAUCAGGUGUUAGCUGGACUUGAGGAUGUGGCCAGUUUUCAAGAUGAUAUCAUCAUUGCUGAAGAUGAUGAUGACGAAUACUUGAAGUCACUUGAUUUGGUACUGGAGAGACUAGCCAAGUACGGUAUCAAACUCAAACGUGUCAAAUGUCGGUUCAACAUGACUUGGGUCGAAUAUCUGGGUCAUAGGAUUGAUGCUGAGGGAAUUCAUCCGACACAGGACAAGGUCGACGCGAUUGUGAAUGCUAGGGCACCUGAGAACAUAAGCGAACUUCGGAGUCUGUUAGGGUUAAUAAACUACUACGGGAAGUUUCUGCGUAAUCUGUCCACAAGAUUGGAACCGUUACACCGUUUAUUGCGUUCAGAGUCGAAAUGGGCGUGGUCUAGUGACUGUCAGAGUGUCUUGGAUGAAGUGAAGAAGGAACUCUCUAGUGACAAAGUACUUGCUCACUAUGAUCCUAAGCUGAAACUGAGUUUAGCUUCUGAUGCCUCCCCUUACGGCGUGGGAGCGGUCUUGUCACAGACUAGUACAGAUGGGACUGAACGUCCUGUGGCAUUUGCGUCGAGGUCACUGACUACAGCGGAACGCAACUAUGCUCAGAUUGAACGUGAAGCAGCCGGAAUCGUGUUUGGUGUGAAGAAAUUCCACAAAUAUCUGUACGGUCGAAAAUUCCAACUCAUCACCGAUUCCGAGCCACUGACUGCAAUCUUUGGUCCAAAGAAGGGUAUACCGUCUCUUGCUGCACUCAGACUUCAACGAUGGAGUUUGAUUCUCAUGGCGUAUGACUAUGACAUCGUUUACCGUCGCACCUCAGAUCAUGGAAACGCUGAUUUCUGUUCGAGGAUGCCGAGUACUAGUACUAAGGACACUGCCCUUGGUGCAGAGCAACAAGUGAACUACUUCAGUCAUGUGAAUGAUCUUCCUGUCACUGCAGAGGACAUUGCUCAGGAGACUAAGAAGGAUCCUGUUCUUUCGAAGAUCUAUAUGUUUGCGCAGAAUGGCUGGCCUGACGUACCAUCUGAGAAGUCGGAGGAUGAGUUCAAACCAUACUUCAGAAUUCGGAAUGAGAUUUCCUGUGACCAAGGUUGUCUAAUGUGGGGUAUGAGAGUUAUAAGCCCACCGAAAUUCCGUGUAACAUUGGUUCGAGAACUGCAUCAUAAGCAUCUUGGCAUUGUCAGAACCAAGGCCCUCGCUAGGAGUUACUUUUGGUUUCCUAAGCUUGAUGAGAAAAUCGAGGACAUGGUGAAGAGCUGUAGUGUUUGUCAGACGCUGAAGGCAGAUCCGCCUCUGUCUCCUCUGUAUCCAUGGCGAUACACUGACAAACCAUGGUCCAGAUUACAUGCUGACUUUGGAGAGUACCGUCAGAAACACUAUCUAGUUGUAGUUGAUAGUUACUCGAAGUGGUGAAGAUGAACACCACUACCGCAGAAAAGACUAUAGAGGCAUUCCGGAGCAUAUUCUGCACUCAAGGAAUACCUGAGAAGCUCGUUACGAACAAUG